GUUUUCGUUGUUAUUACUCAUAGUUAUCGUUGAUAUGCUUCUUUAUGUAUAUAUAGAUAUGGAAUAGAUUAUAGAUUAUGGUUUUAUAUGGUUUUAUGCUUUUUGGUUGGUUGUUAUCGAGAAAUUGGGUAAUCUAAUCGUUGGGGGAUCGGAGAGGUCGAAGGGCGGAGGGCCGUACGUAGCUCAGGAUUUGGUCUCCGAGGCGUAGGAUUAUCGGCGGCGAGAGGAGGGCUGAGCGGAGGAGAUCGGAUGCGGUGAAGGCGCGGGGGAAAAUGUACGCGCCUCCGCUGCCUCCCCAGCUCUCCGAUUCCAACCGGCGUAUCAUCGAGGCAGACGCCCCCUCUUUGCGUGCCUACCAAGUCUGGAAAGGAAACAAUAGGUUCUGCUUUGGAGGUCGAGUUAUCUUUGGUCCGGAUGCAAGGUCACUAUUCCUGACCAUCUCCCUCAUUCUGGUUCCGGUGAUUCUGUUCUGUGCCUUUGUUUCUCAAAGGCUCAUCCGGGAGUUCCACCAUCAUUGGGGCAGUGUAAUUGUAGCUAUCUGUGUCAUCUUCGCAGCAUAUAUUAUCUUUCUCAUCCUCCUUACAUCUGGAAGAGAUCCUGGAAUUAUUCCUCGUAAUCGACACCCUCCGGACCCGGAAGAUGAAACUGAAGGUUCCACCCUUUCUGCAGAUUGGCCAAGUAGUCUUGGUGGAGCUCCAAGCUUACCACCCACAAAAGAUGUUAGGAUCAAUGGCGUGACUGUUAAAGUCAAAUAUUGCCAAACAUGCAUGCUGUAUCGUCCUCCUCGAUGUUCUCACUGUUCUAUAUGCAAUAACUGUGUCGAGCGCUUCGAUCACCAUUGCCCCUGGGUGGGUCAAUGCAUCGGAAAGAGGAAUUACAGAUUCUUCUUUAUGUUCAUCUCUUCCACCACAUUGCUCUGCCUGUAUGUAUUUGCCUUCUGCGUCGUUAACCUCACUAAGAUAAUGGGUGCCUACGACUGUGGUUUUUGGACGGCUCUCAUAAAGUCUCCUGUCUCCGGGUUUCUUAUAUUAUAUACAUUCAUUGCUGCAUGGUUUGUUGGAGGCCUUACUGGGUUUCAUCUCUACCUGAUCAUUACAAAUCAGACAACCUACGAGAACUUUCGGUAUCGAUAUGAUCGAAAGAUGAAUCCUUUUAAUCGUGGAUGUCUGGGCAAUAUGAUGGAGUUAUUCUGCUCUAAAAUUCCUCCUUCUAAAAAUAACUUCAGGGCGAAAGUAAAGGUGGAUCCAUCUGAAGGCUACAAUGGCUUGGUGUCUUAUGGGCAUGCAAUGAGCCCUGAGUUACCAAAAACGAGCUUAGACUUGGAGAUGGGCAAAAGGCAAGCUGUCGCUGCUGAGGACUUGGAAGAUAUACAGAGCCAAAUCGAAAGUGUUGGUAGACUCGAGAGGUGUGGAACUCAGCCUCCUCACAUGAACUGGGACCCAAAGGAACAGUGGGAGAUCACACCCGAUAUGAGGAUGCUAGCUGCAGAGUUUGGAAUGCAAUUUGGAACAAGCCCAUCCGGGAUUCAGAAAAUCAAUGGGGUCCGCUAAAAUCCGGUACGUCUCUUGAAGCUCUGAUCUUUGGCAGGAGGAUCUUGUUCUGAUCUGGAAGCCCUGGUGAACUUCAACCUGUUUGUUUGGAAAUUAUAUCCCAACAGUAUAGAACUCGGAAAGAAAACCCCCGUCAAUCGUAAGGAUAUGAUCUGACUCUUCUUUUUGCUUUAAGCUUAGCUUAGAAAUCGAAGGGCGAAAUGCACAUAAAACUGCUUCAACAGAAACUUGCUAGCUUUCUAGUUUUAUAGGGUUCUUGUUGGAUAUUGAUGGUUGUCAAUCUUGUUGAAAAAUAUGUUAGCAUCUUACAAUCUGUCGAAAUCUGGAGCUCCCAUAGUAAGAACGUAGAUCAAAUCUUCUUUUUUUUCCUAAUCGGUGAUGUAUUUACAUGAAUGCAACAAUCCUUCGAGUAA